CCAAGCCCAAACAAAAGAUCCGUUUUUAUAUUAUAUCUAUCUGCACUUCCCUCUACUUGGUCUUCACCUCCAUUCCCUAUUGCAGAGCUUUGAGAAUCUCAGAUUCAGAUUUUGGGCUCUUCAUCCCUUGGCACGCAUCUGAGCUCUGUGGUAAAACCAAACUAGGGAGGGUAGUGUUUCUUAGUUCAGUUAUUUGUCUUUUUUUUGUGCAAGUCAAGAAGUCGGAAAACCUAGUUGGAGCACUGAAGAUGGUAAAUCUCUAUAAGUCAAUGUCGAGCUGCUUCGAUCUCCCUGAAGAUAUUGUAGUCAAGAUUCUGUGCCGGUUGCCGGUCAAAUCUUUGAUCCGGUUCACUUGUGUCUCGAAGCGGUGGCGUUCUAUGAUCAUUUCUGAUCCUAAAUUUGGAAUAUCUCACUUCCAACUUGCUUCUCAGCAGGGAACUCUCCGUAGGAAAGUCCUCCUCACCUCCUACCCUACGGUAAGAGAGCCAGGUCCGAGGCCCAGUGCUUGUUACGAUCCCAAUUCGAAGUUACCCCCUCGAUUUCAAUCUUUAGAGGAUAAGUAUUUAGUCAAGAAUUUCACAUUCCCAUCCAAGAAGAAUGCUUAUACAGAAGAAAUGGGCUCCUGCAAUGGUUUGGUACUUGUAGGCAAUCGUUGUUUCGGUGGCUACGAAAACUUGUCUAUCUGGAACCUAUCCACUGGAUUCUUCCGCAAGAUACCUAGUCCAAGUGUCCGGGUGAAGCCAAUAAAAUCAGCAGAUCAAGGGUACAUGUACUUCAUAAAUUGUGGUUUUGGUCAUGAGUUGGCCAGUGACGACUACAAACUUGUUUUCAUAUUAUGCGCCCUCGGUCAUCUGGUGGAAGUCCAUAUCUUCUCUCUGAGAGCUAACAUUUGGAAAGCUAUUACAGCUCCUCACUUGUCAAGGGCGGGCUGGGACAGUGGACAGGGCACUUUUUCAAAUGGAGCAAUUCACAGGGUCAUUCACUGCAGAGGUCAGAGUACUGACCCAGUUAUCUAUGCUUUUGACUUGGCAGAGGAGGAGUUUCGGCGAGUGCCAUUGCCACCUGUUUUGUGGCAAAAUGAAGAAGACAGGAAUCCGACCGAGAUAACAACUCUGGUUCAUUUAGGAGGAUACCUCUGCAUAUGGUCUCGGAAGCGUUAUAAUCCCGACAAAGGUGAAGUUUGGGCGAUGACAGAGUAUGGGGUGCCUGAAUCUUGGGUUAAACUCUUUAAUUUUAAAGUACGAGAUUUACCAGAUGUCUUUGCUUCAUUAUACAGUACAUGGGAUCUGUGUUUCAUUACAGAAAGCGGUACAAUGGUGAUAAGCCUGCGUAAGGACUUGUUUUGGAUUGAAUGCCAUAAUGAAGAAAAACCAAUCUGCAGCGGACGGUAUAGGCUUGAGGAGGUUCAUCCUGAGGUGCCGGGGUGUUUUUUUCGUUUUCAUGCGACCGCUUAUGAUGAAACUUUACUUUCUGUAGCUUAAUGAUUAUAGUAUGAAGACUCAAGGCCUGAAAAACCAAGAAGCAGAAGUGAAGAGGGGCUAUUUGCAUUCAAAUGCUUGUUGGUUUAUAUAUUAUAACUAUGUAAUUUGAAUUCUCCACCUUUGAUCUUAAUCGAGUUAACUUAAUCAGUCCAUAUUUUUCUUCACUACUUCAAAUAGGUGCCCUCUGAGCUCCUCUCUCUCUCUCUGUAAUCAGCGAUUUGGUUUAUGCACUGAAUCAGCUAAUAAGGAAAUCAAGCACUCAUCCGUAAGUUACUAUUUUUCUUUGGAUUAGAAUUGGAUUCAAAUUGCUCUUGUUGACUUACAUUUAGGUCUGUUGAAUCAAAUUGUAGUCUUUUUCACUA